CUGAGUUUUGAAUCGUUCCAAAAAUAAAAAAUAAAAACACUCAUAAUCACCACUUUCCUGGUGGCCUUCAAACUUGGCCUUGUAAAGAUCAAAAUAUUUACUUAUCCAAAAAACGAUCUAAAUAUCGGCCAAUAUACAAGCUUACCCCUUAAACAGAGUCCUUCAAGCUCCCUAAACAAACAUUAAACCCUAAAUCAACUUAUUUGGGUUCCACUCCUAUCUCUUAAUCAGAAGUUCAAAGCCAAAUAAACAUUUUCCAAGACCUUCAAAUUUAGCCCUAUGCAAUCCCCUAAUAUCACCCAAUCUCCAAGCAUGUCCCCCAGGUCCUUCAAAUUUAGUCCCCAUGUAAUUUGUAUGAUGGCACCCCAUUUCCAAGCAUGGCCCCCAAACCAUAUUCUUUGCACCUCUCUAGACAGAUCCUUACCUGUAAACCAGUCAAUUUGGUGGCUUACGCUCCCAUCCCUCAAUGCAAACCAAAUGAACACAUCAAAGCUUUGACUUUAGCCCACUACAGUUCUCUAGUUACCAUCCCAAAAUCAAAAUCAAAAUUAAACAUAACCAUCACCAAUUUAUUUGCUCAUUCAAAACCCAUCACAAAUCUAGCCCCCCAUUUAAAACCAAACAAACCCAUCACAAAUCUAGCUCCCCAAUCAAAACCAAAGAAACCCAUAACAAAUCUGAGCCCCCAGCCAAAACUAAAGCAACACAUCACAAAUUUAGUCCCUUUCAACUCCCUAAUUACAAAGUAUGGUCGCCGCGGCCUCGUGGCCGAUGCAGAGGCGCUGUUUGAUUGUAUGUCUGCGAAAGACGUCGUCACCUGGACCUCUCUCCUCACUGCUUACGCAAACAAUGGCCUUGUCGACAAAGCUCGGAAAACAUUUGAUGAAAUGCCUCAGAAAGGUCUACCUUCGUGGAAUGCUAUGCUUACUUGCUAUGUAAAGAACAAUUUGGCCUUAGAGGCAUAUAAUCUCUUCACCCAAAUGCCUUGUCGAAACGAAAUCUCGUGGACGAUUGUGAUUACUGGUUUUGCACAUGCAGGCUACCUCUCAGAGGCCGAGAGGAUAUAUGAGAGAAUGCCUGGAGGCAAGAAUUUGAGAGCUUCGAAUGCUUUGCUAUCCGGGUAUGUCAAAUGUGGUGAAUUCGGUUCAAUGGUCAGGAUUUUUGAUGAAAUGACAGAGAGAGAUGUGGUUUCGUGGACCACUUUGCUUGAGGGUAUGUGGCGAGCAGGUCGGGUAGAGGAGGCCAUUAGAGUUUUCAACAAAAUGCCUGAAAGAAAUGUGGUUUCUUGGACCUCGAUGGUAUCGGGGUACUCUCGUAAAUGUAUGUGGGUUGAUGCCAUGGAUUCCUUCAUAAGGAUGAGGAGAGAUGAUGGGGUGGUGGUGAAUUCCACAGCAUUGACUGUGGCCAUGGAUGCUUGUGCAUGUCAUGGCAAAUUGAGAGAAGGGGUGCAAUUACAUGGCCUAGUUGUGAUAAUGGGGUUUCAAUUUGAUCUAAUUCUAGGCAAUGCAGUGAUCACCAUGUAUGGUAAGAAUGGUGCAAUGGAUGAUGCCCAUAGGAUUUUUAUGCUCAUGGAUGAGAAAUGUUUGGUUUCAUGGAACGCCAUGGUCACGAAUUACGCAAAAAUUGGCCAAAUGGAUGAGGCCAUGAGGCUAUUUGGUGAGAUGCCCAAGCGAGAUUUGGUGUCUUGGACUUCGCUAAUCGCUGGUUUUUCAAACACCAGUAAGAUAGCACAAGCUCUCAAACUCUUCAGAGAGAUGCCAGAGAAAGAUGUUGUAGCUUGGACCGCUAUGAUUUCGGGGUUUUUGCAUAAUGGGGAAUUUGAAAACGCAAUAGAAUGGUUUAUGAAGAUGAUUCGAGAAGGGAUCAUACCCAAUUCGCAAACAUUUAGCAGUGUGCUAAGUGCUUCAGCUGGGUUAGCUUCACUUAACCAGGGGCAACAAAUUCAUGCUCAAGCCGUAAAGAUGGAAGCAAGACGGAGUCCAUAUGAAACCAUAUCUAUUGAAAACUCGCUCAUUUCAAUGUACUCAAAGUGCGGCAAUGUGGAUGAAGCAUAUCGAGUAUUUGAGAGAAUUGGAGAGCCUAAUUUGGUCACUUGGAAUUCUAUGAUUGUUGGGUUUGCCCAACAUGGGCGAGGAGCUGAAGCUCUAGACCAGUUUGAGAGAAUGGAAUUGGAGGGAGAAAGGCCUAAUCACAUAACAUUGCUUGGUGUUCUCUCUGCAUGUACUCAUGUUGGUUUAGUAGAGAGAGGAAGGUAUUACUUCAAUGCCAUGCAGUCUGUGUACUCAAUUGAACCAGGACCUGAUCACUAUGCUUGCAUGGUUGAUCUCCUUGGUCGAGCUGGUUUACUACUAGAGGCAAAACAUUUGAUUGAUUCGAUGCCAUUUGAGCCUCAGGCAUCAGUUUGGGGGGCUCUACUUGGAGCAAGCGAAACUCAUUCUGAUAUAGAAAUGGCAAGACUUGCAGCUAAGCACCUCUUUGAGUUGGAACCUGAUAGCGCAACCGCUUAUGUGGUGUUGUCGAAAAUGUAUGCCAAGGCCGGUAGGCAGGAAGAAGAGAGAGAAUUGAGGGUGAUGAAGAGAGACAGAGGAAUGAGAAAGAACCCAGGUUGCAGUUGGAUCAUCAUGAACAACCAAGUUCACGAUUCAAAGGACACUCGGUAGAAUUGCAGAGAGAAUGGAAGGAUUAGGGUAUUUUGAGGGCCUGGAACAGCUAGAGAGAACCACCAUAUUUCACCAUAGUGAGAACCUGGCAAUUGCUUUUGGUCUUAUCAUCAACACAUUGCCCACAGAGACUAUUAGAGUGAUUAAAAACUUGAGGGUUUGUAGAGAGUGCCAUGCUGCUGGGAAAGUGAUCUCUAAGAUGGUAGACAGAGAGAUUGUAGUAAGAGAUUCGAGCCGGUUUCAUCAUUUAAGAGAUGGUUCCUGUUCUUGCAAGGAUUACUGGUAAUUAAUCUAACCUAUACAUGCAUUAUAAGGCUUAUUGUAAACUGUAGUAGUCUUCUCAUUGCUGAGUUGCUCUAUGUUAUGUAGUAUAUCAUUAUUCUUUCAUUGAUGAACAUAGAGAUUUACUGGUACAAGUUCAUCAUAAGAUAUGCAUGUAUCAUAUUCUAAACUAAAUUACUGUUUUCUUAAAUCAAUGUCGGUGCAAGACAUUGAGAGUGCCAUG